AUGAAUCCUCCAGGAGCUCUAGGAGUCUUAGAGGAGAAAGAGGACGAACACUUAUCAACACCGAGUCUCGGACCCUCGAUACAUUCAGAUGACCCUCAGGAGCGGAUCCAGGCCAGGCGCCUUCGCAUUGCUGCACGCCUGGAAGCCCGGAGAAGGGAAGCACUUGGAGAAUAUUUAGAUGGGAAGAAGGAGAGUGAGGAAGACCAAAGCAAGAGCUACAAGCAGAAAGAAGAAAGCAGACAGAAAUUGGCUAAACUGCUGCUCUGUGGCACUGAGCUGUUGACAAAUAUUCAGGUUGCUACAGAUAUCAGAGAGAUACAACGGAGAGUCGAAGAAGAGGAAGUAAAGCGUCAGAGACUUGAGAAACUGGAGAAUGAAGUUAAGACCAGCCAGGACAAGUUUGAUGAGAUCACUGCAAAGUGGGAGGAGGGCAAGCAGAAGAAAAUUCCCCAGGAGCUGUGGGACAUGCUCAACAGCCAGCAGCUGCAUUGUGCUGGGCUGAUAGAAGAUAAGAACAAACUGAUCAAUGAGUUACAGCAGAAAGCAUUUGAAGUAGAACGCCAGGAGCUACUGACCAGUAACAAGAAGAAGUGGGAGCGAGCACUGCAGGCUCAUAAUGCCAAAGAGCUGGAGUACCUUGUAAACUGCAUUAAGAAAGUAGAGGAAUAUGAGAAGCAGCUAAACCAGCAGAGGAUCUGGGACUGUGAAGAGUACAGCAUGAUCAAAAUCAAGCUGGAGCAGGAUGUGCAGGUUCUUGAACAACAGCUUCAGCAGAUGAAAGCAACUUAUCAGCUAAACCAAGAAAAAUUAGAGUACAACUUCCAGGUGUUGAAAAAGAGAGAUGAAGAAAGCACAGUGAUUAAAUCCCAACAGAAGAGGAAGAUCAACCGAUUGCACGAUGUACUUAACAAUCUGAGAUCAAAAUAUACCAAGCAGGUAAAGCAGUUUCAGGAGGAGAACCAGUCACUAACCUCCGACUACAAACGUCUUGUGCUGCAGUUUAAGGAGCUACAGAGAGCCAUGAGGCAUUUUGCUCUUAUUGAUGAUGAGAAGUUUCGGGAGAUUUGGCUGAUGAAUGAAGAGGAGGCAAAGGAUUUGAUAAGCAGAGCCUUUGAUGUAGACAGAAUCAUCUGUACCCAUCAUCUGGGACUUCCUUGGACAGCACCUGAUUUCUGGUUCCUGAAGAAUAAAGGACCUAUUUCUCAGCAGCCAAAGAAAUCCGCCACAGAAAUAGUAGAAGAGGUGCUGAUGCAUACAGAAGACGAGGGCUCAGAAGAGAUGGUCUCAGAACUAGAGUCUUACCUGGACCUGCCAAAGCAAGUUUCAGCAAAAACUACCAGAAAGAUCCUGAUGCUCCUGUGUGACGAGUCGGGGUUUCUCAUUGAGAACAAGCUGCUGAGCCUCCUCCUGCCCCUGGAGAAGAGCGAGUGCUAUCUGCUGAGAUUGGAUGCCAUCUUCUCAGCCCUUGGCAUUGAAAGUGAAGAUGACUUGUAUAAACUGGUGAACUUCUUCCUCAAAUACCAAGCGCAUCAUUUACCCUCUAGCCAGGUAAGUUGCCGUACCAUCAAAAAGUUUUCGAAUAUUUUGGGAGCUCCCAAACUCACUGACCAACUGAGGGUGAUGGUCGUACCAGAGCUGGCAGAGAAAGUGCCCCUCGAGGCAGGAAAAAAGGAAACCCGUUCAGAGGGUGACCAUGAAGAGCAGGAGACCCCACCUUCACCCAGCCUCAUCCACCCCAAUGAGGUCCUCAAAGUUAUGGAGGCCUUUGUCAUGAGUCUCAACAAGUCCAGGGACCCCAGAAUGCCACUGAAGGUGCAGAAGGAAGUGCGCGAUGACUCCAAGGAUUCCCAGUACUGGAAGGCCCUGUCCAACGUUGUCCCUCCUGCCAAGCACAAUCUCUGGGACGCUCUGUACACUGCCUUGGAAAAGUACCACCUUAUUCUGACAGAGAGGGCCAAGCUGCUGAUGGAAAAUGAUUCUUUGGAGCAGCAGAAUACAGAACUCCAACUGCUGCUGCAACAGUAUCUAGAUUCCAAGAUAAACUCUGAGCUGCAAGUGCCGCCAACUCAGGUGUUCCGGGUACCCAUCAAAGAGAGCUAG